AUGGCCUCGUCCGAACUGGCCCAAAAGUUGCAGAGACGACUGCUUCGAGACGGCAGCACCUCGGAGGCGCCUCCUGCAGAAGAGGAUGACAGCUUUGCUCCUGAGCCGGUGGGUUCCGAAACGAGCCCCGAGGACCCGGCCGACCCGGCCGAGGAUCGCAGUGCGCUGAAUGCAGCUGCUGACCCGGAGCUGAGCGCCAAGCUGACUCGCAGGCAGGACAUUAAUGCCGGCGCGGCAGAGCCCCGCCUCGCCCAGGUCUUCAAUCCCUACACGGAGUUUAAAGAGUUCACUCGCCGGCAGAUCAAGGAUAUGGAGCGCUUAUUUAGAUUGUAUGACUCUGGAAAGGAUGGAUACAUUGACCUUAUGGAAUUGAAGCUGAUGAUGGAGAAACUAGGUGCACCUCAAACACAUUUGGGUCUGAAGAAUAUGAUCAAGGAAGUGGAUGAAGACUUUGAUGGCAAGCUCAGUUUCCGUGAGUUUCUUCUGAUUUUCCAUAAAGCUGCAGCUGGAGAACUUGAAGAAGACAGUGGACUGAUGGCUUUAGCAAAGCUCUCUGAAAUAGAUGUGGCUCUUGAAGGAGUAAAAGGAGCCAAAAAUUUUUUUGAAGCAAAGGUUCAAGCUUUGUCUUCAGCAAGCAAAUUUGAAGCAGAAAUAAAAGCAGAACAAGAUGAGCGAAAACGUGAGGAAGAGGAAAGACGGCACCGCAGAGCAGCCUUCCGAGAACUCAAGUCAGCAUUCAGUCAAUAGUGGAAAAAAUGUGUCACCAGAAAUUGGUGUACAUUCUUACAAGCUUUGUCUGUGAUUAGACACCUACCUAAAUGGAAACAGAAGUGAUAUGAUAGCUCUUUUUCUUUUUUGUUUUUGAAGCUCCUGUUUAUUAGGUGCUGGAGGAUGUGCCACCAAUGGUAGCAUUCAGAAAUUGCAAAUGCUAGAUGUAAUUCCAGUAGGCCCUAUACUCUUAAUAAUAAUUGCUUAGAAGAAUUAAGUAUCCUAAUAAUGAAGUCCCAUUAGCAAAUGUUGAAACUCCUCAUAAGUAAAUUGAAUACUGGCAAUUUCAUUUUUUGUCAUUCUAAACAGUCCUGCAUCAAUAGUUAUAAAAUAUUCUUUAGAAUUUCUAUAUAAUAUAUAAUGCUAUAUAAUGCUUAGCUCUGCUUUACUUUCACAAUAAGACCUUGCUUCUCAGAUAAGCUGGAAUGCUCUAAUUCCAAGUGUUCUGUAUAUUAGAAAACAAGUUUCUGAUGGUGGUACUGGGGACAAUGGGAUAAAGGAAAUUUUUAGUUAUUAGAUUUUUCCUGCAAUCCAAAAAUAUUCUUAUCUGAAUGACAGUUACAUUUUUUCAUUCUGCUGAUUCAACUUCUCUCCCAAGUUAGACUUAAAUACCUCUAAAUUUUUCCAUGACAGUCAUGAGAAAAUGUUUAAGGGGCACCACAGGCUACAGCUGGAAAGAGGAGAUGGAAAAUCCAAACUGCACAAGUGAAAUUCCAUGUGUACUUUUCUGAAUCUAAACUGCUAUUUAACAGUGCUGAGUACAUAUCAAAGAUACAACAUUCACCAUUCAUUUUUUCCUCUUUUCUUGGUAACAAAGCAAGUAACAGUUCUGAUCUUAGGUCUUCUGCCUUAGUUCUGUAUUUUUGUGGUCACAUUCUUUUAUAUGAUUUGCAUGGGACCAGAACCUUUUUUCCCUUUUAUUUCUGUGUAUUUUAGUCAUUGAGUUUUAACGUUACGAAAUUUCUAUCAAUAAGAGAUUAAGGGAGCAGUAUAGUUUAGGGUACAUUAGCUUUCCACUCUGGAAAUCCUCAUACUACUUGUGGAUCAUUAUUGAGAAUUAAACUCCUUUUUGCAGAGUUAUCACUUUCAUAAGAUGUUGAAAUUAUUUGCCAGUUCCAACAGUUUGCAAGAAAAACUAGAUUUCAAAGCAGAACCUGUAAUAUAGUUCAACAAGAUUCUAUUGUAUACAGAAUUUACACGUGUAUAUGUCUACAUACAUAGAGAAGAAAAAUGCUUGCUGCUUUACUAAUCUUGCCAUGAGAUUGCCAACAAAUAUAUUCUCUAUUUCUUUGUUUUCACAUUUAGCUUUUUAUACUGUGAUACUAAACUGUGAGUGCAGAAUAAUAAAAAAGCAGCCUGUUGAAUAUAUAGUAGUGGGUAAAAGAAUUGCUAGUAAUUAAAACUGUAUUUGCAAAUCCACAGAUUAUAUUUGAUAAAAAUUGCAUGUUUUAGUGAAAAUAUUUAUAAUAAAUGUUUUUAUACAUCAUAAAGUUUGAUUUUUUUGUGUUACAUAUGUAAAUAAAUUUUUGAAAAACUAGUGGAGGUUAAAUUUGAAAUCGGUAUCAAAGUAAAGUUUGCCUCCUUAAGGGAAAAUGGGUUUACAUUUA